AUGGCCUAUAACAACAUCAGCGGUAGCAUACCACCAGAGUUUGGAAAUUCAACUCAACUACAAAGGCUUGAUCUUUCUUCCAAUCAUUUGGUAGGUGAAAUCCCAAAGGAGUUUGGGAAGUUGAAAAGUAUGCUGAAUUUGUCCUUGGCUAAUAACCACCUUUCAGGUAUUAUACCUCCAGAGCUCGGAUUUUUAGAACUCCUUGAAGUACUCGAUCUAUCUGCUAAUAGAUUGAAUGGGUCAAUACCAACAAGUAUUAGUCAAUGGGAACAUAUCCACUACUUGAAUCUUAGUAAUAACAUGCUUGGUGAGAAAAUUCCAUCUGAGAUUGGCAAAUUAGUUCAACUUACAGAAUUUGAUUUAUCUCAGAAUUUGCUCACUGAAGAGAUACCAUCUGAAGUUCAAAGACUAAAGUCUUGUGCAAGUCAAAUCCUGAAGAAGAAAAAUGAUCCCUUUCAUCAUCAGCUCAUCCUAAUAAUUAUGCUCCCUCUUAUCGGGGCAACUUUACUUGGUUUUUUCAUGUGUGGCCUCAUUGCUUAUCGAAAACAAAAGAGACAUUCUCCACAGAAACCAUUGGAUAACGAAGGUGGUGAUUACUUCUCCAUAACAAAUUUUGAUGGAGGAGUAGUGUAUGAUGACAUCUUGAAAGUAACAGACAAUUUUGAUGAAGCAUAUGUUAUUGGAACCGGAGGAUAUGGGACUGUGUACAAAGCCGAGAUACAGCCUAACAAUGUGGUCGUUGUCAAGAAACUUCACUCGUCAUCAUCUGAGAAUGUUGAUCUUAAUGGAUUCCUUAAUGAGGUACGAGCAUUAACGAAUAUAAGGCAUCGAAACAUAGUGAAACUUUAUGGAUAUUGUUCACAUGCCCGCCACUCGUUUUUUAUUUAUGAAUACCUUGAAAAGGGAAGCCUUGGAUCAAUCUUAAGAAGCGAUGUCUUAGUAAAAGAAUUGGAUUGGUUGAAAAGGGUAAAUAUUGUAAAGGCUGUAGCUAAUGGUUUGGCUUAUAAGCAUCACGAUUGCUCGCCUCCUAUAAUUCAUAGAGACAUUUCCAUUGCCAACAUCCUUCUUGAUUCCGAUUAUGAGGCGCAUAUUUCUGAUUUUGGCACAUCCAAGCUUUUAAAGCUAGACUCAUCCAAUUGGACUGCAAUUGCUGGGACCUAUGGUUAUAUCGCACCAGAGCUUGCUUAUACGAUGGUGGCAACCGAGAAAUGUGAUGUGUAUAGCUUUGGGAUCGUUGCACUAGAAGUGAUGAUGGGAAAGCAUCCUGGUGAACUACCAACAAUGUCUACUGAUUAUCUGGUGUUAGCAAAUGUUGGAGAUAGUCGGAUUCCACUUCCUUCACCACAAGUUGAAAAACAAGUAAACUUAGUACUCAAUCUCGCAAGAGCAUGUUUGAACUCAAAUCCAAAAGAAAGGCCAACAAUGCACCAAGUUUCAAAUCUGUUCAUGAAGGAUCUGUUUUGAAUUGACAUCUCUGGUUGCCUGAUACUGUGCACUUCUCAUGUUUAAUUUUCUUAAGUUUCCUAUGAUGCAUCUAGAUUAUAUGUAUUAGUUUAAAUGCCUAAUGGUUAAAAAACUUUUCAUAUGUUUUAUAGCACCAUGUAGCAUAACAAUAA